AUGUUCACGGGCUGCAACGUGGAGAGCAUUUCGUACGGCCACACCAUCUGUGCGGAACGAACGGCGAUCGUGAAAGGGGUCUCGGAAGGGCAUCGCAAGUUCAUCGCCCUCGCUGUUGCGGCCGAAUCCAAGGAUUUCACCAGUCCCUGUGGUGGUUGCAGGCAGUUGUUGGUGGAAUUCGCCUGGCCUCUUCCGAUCUUCCUCUGCAAGCCGGAUGGGUCGGUGAUGAAAACCAGCCUCGAAGAGCUCCUACCGGAACCCUUCUCGCCCAUGUUCGUCACUCUUCCCUCACAGGCGAAGGAUUCAGCCUGA